AUGAUCGUGCGGUCGCAAGCAGCGGGCGCCACGGCCCGGGCUGUCGUCGGGAAGGAUGCCCGCCUUGCGCGGGCCCCUGGGCGGGGCGCGCAGCGGGCUGCGGGCGGCCGGGACGCGCGGGGCGCCGCCAGGGGACCGGGCGGCAUCGUGAGCGGGCGCAGCGGCGCAGGCCGCUCCGUGCGGGUGGAGGCGUUCGAGGGGUACGGUCCGGGCGCCAUGGGCGAGGCGAAGAUCAAGGUGAUCGGCGUGGGCGGCGGCGGAGGCAAUGCGGUGAGCCGCAUGAUCUCUUCCGGCGUCGAGGGCGUGGAAUUCUGGGCAGUCAACACCGACGCCCAGGCGCUCGAGUCCUCUCCCGUGAGGAACCAGGUCCAGAUCGGAUCGCAGGUCACGCGGGGCCUCGGCACGGGCGGCAACCCCGAGCUGGGCGAGCAGUCCGCGGAGGAGUCGAAGAUCGAACUGGCGGGCGCGGUCGCGGGCGCGGACCUCGUCUUCGUCACCGCAGGGAUGGGGGGCGGCACGGGCUCCGGCGCGUCGCCGGUGGUCGCGGGCAUCGCGAAGGAGCAGGGCAUCCUCACGGUCGGCGUCGUGACGUACCCGUUCACCUUCGAGGGCCGCCGGCGCGGCAUGCAGGCGUCGGAGGCGCUCGAGGCGCUGCGUCGCAAUGUGGACACGCUGAUCGUGAUCCCGAACGACCGCCUGCUCCAGGUCGUCGCGGAGACAACUGCGCUGCAGGACGCGUUCCGCCUCGCGGACGACGUCCUGCGCCAGGGCGUGCAGGGCAUCUCCGACAUCAUUACCAUUCCGGGGCUGGUGAACGUGGACUUCGCGGACGUGCGCGCGGUGAUGUGCAACUCCGGCACGGCGAUGCUGGGCGUGGGCGUGUCGACGGGGAAGAACCGCGCCGAGGAGGCCGCGAUGGCGGCUGCGUCGGCGCCGCUGCUCGAGGCCUCGAUCGAGCGCGCCACGGGCAUCGUGUACAACAUCACGGGCGGCAGCGACCUCACGCUGCAGGAGGUCAACAGGUGCUCGGAAAUCGUGACGGAGAUGGCGCACCCGGAGGCGAACAUCAUCUUUGGUGCCGUCGUGGACGACUCGUGCGACGGCGAGGUGAACGUGACGAUCAUCGCGACGGGCUUCGAGCAGGGCUUCGAGGACCAGCUCCUGAACCGCGGCGCCGGCGCCAAGCGCGCGGCGCCGCAGCAGGGGCGCCAGGCGCCGGCAAACGGCAACGGCGGGGGCGCGCCGCCCGCGCGGGGCGCCGCGGGGGCGUUUGCGCGGCGAGGGUACCUCGGCCGCCGCUAG